AUUCUUGUUUAUCAUAGCGGUGCCGUGGAACGGAUCAUUUCUCAGUUUAGUGGAGAUAGCUACUAGAAACUUCGUUUCUCUGCGAUGAGGAAGUGGACGGUUCCUUCCGCUCUUCUUCUACUCUGUCUUCUCUUCCUGUUUGCGGAUCAAGGUCAGAAAUUUCAGGCAAAUGCCGAGGGUAAUUCGGAAGAGCUUGUAGAUACCCCGAAGGUUGAGGAGAAGAUUGGUGCUGUUCCGAAUGGUCUUUCGACCGACUCAGAUGUGGCCAAGAGGGAGGCGGAGUCGAUUUCUAAGAGAUCGCUGCGCAGCAACGCGGAGAAGUUUGAGUUCCAGGCCGAAGUGUCCCGGCUUAUGGAUAUUAUUAUCAACUCCCUGUACAGCAACAAGGACAUUUUCCUCAGGGAGUUGAUCUCCAAUGCUUCUGAUGCAUUGGACAAGAUUAGGUUCCUCUCGCUCACCGAUAAGGAGAUUUUGGGCGAAGGUGAUAAUACCAAGCUCGAAAUUCAGAUAAAGUUAGACAAGGAAAAGAAAAUCCUUUCCAUUCGGGAUAGAGGUAUAGGCAUGACAAAGGAGGAUUUAAUAAAGAAUUUGGGGACAAUAGCGAAAUCCGGAACUUCGGCGUUCGUUGAAAAAGUGCAGACAAGUGGAGAUCUCAAUCUUAUUGGGCAGUUUGGGGUUGGCUUCUACUCUGUGUAUCUCGUUGCUGACUAUGUUGAAGUCAUUAGCAAACAUAACGAUGAUAAGCAGUAUGUUUGGGAAUCAAAAGCUGAUGGAGCAUUUGCCAUAUCGGAAGAUACAUGGAAUGAACCUUUAGGACGUGGAACUGAGAUCAGGUUACAUCUCAGAGAUGAGGCUGGGGAGUACUUAGAGGAGUACAAGCUGAAAGAAUUGGUUAAGAAAUACUCUGAAUUUAUCAACUUCCCUAUUUAUAUUUGGGCAAGUAAGGAAGUUGAGACAGAGGUUCCCGCUGAUGAAGCUGAGUCUAGUGACGAAGAGGAAUCAACAUCUGAAAGCAGCUCUUCUGAGGAAGAAAGUGAAGUUGAAGAUUCUGAGAAAAGUGAAGAUGAACAAGAGAAGCACAAGACAAAGAAGGUCAAGGAAACUACUUAUGAGUGGGAACUCUUGAAUGAUGUCAAAGCCAUAUGGCUGCGGAAUCCAAAGGAUGUUACGGAGGAAGAGUACAAUCAAUUCUACCACUCUUUGGCUAAGGAUUUCAGUGAUGAAAAACCUUUAGCUUGGAGUCACUUUACUGCUGAAGGCGAUGUUGAGUUUAAGGCAGUCCUGUUUGUGCCACCUAAGGCUCCUCAAGAUCUAUAUGAGAGUUAUUACAAUGCUAACAAAUCCAACUUGAAAUUGUAUGUUAGACGGGUAUUUAUUUCGGAUGAAUUUGAUGAACUGUUGCCAAAAUACCUGAACUUUUUGAAGGGUCUUGUUGAUUCUGACACAUUGCCACUUAAUGUGUCACGAGAGAUGCUUCAACAACACAGUAGUCUAAAGACAAUCAAGAAGAAACUCAUCAGGAAAGCCCUUGAUAUGAUCCGUAGGAUUGCUGAUGAGGAUCCUGAUGAGUCAACUAACGAAGACAAGAAAGAUGAGAAGUCCACUGACAGUGAUGAUAAAAGAGGGCAAUAUGCUAAGUUCUGGAAUGAGUUUGGGAAGUCAAUUAAACUUGGUAUUAUUGAGGAUGCUGCCAACAGAAAUCGUUUGGCAAAACUUCUAGAUUUGAGAGGUAACUUUCCUCGCACCAAGUCCGAUGGUAAACUGACUUCUCUAGAUCAGUACAUCUCUAGAAUGAAACCUGGGCAGAAAGAUAUCUUUUACCUAACUGGAACCAGCAAAGAACAAUUAGAAAAAUCUCCAUUCCUUGAGCGGCUUAAGAAGAAAAAUUAUGAGGUUAUUUUCUUCACAGAUCCAGUUGAUGAAUACUUGAUGCAGUACUUGAUGGAUUACGAAGACAAAAAGUUCCAGAAUGUGUCUAAGGAGGGUCUGAAGAUUGGGAAGGAUUCAAAAGAUAAGGAGCUGAAGGAAUCUUUCAAGGAUCUUACCAAGUGGUGGAAGAAUGUCCUUUCCAGUGAGAAGGUUGAUGAUGUGAAGAUUUCCAACCGAUUGGAUAACACACCUUGUGUGGUAGUGACAUCAAAAUAUGGUUGGAGUGCUAACAUGGAGAAGAUCAUGCAGUCGCAGACUUUGUCAGAUGCUAGCAAGCAGGCAUACAUGCGUGGAAAGAGGGUUCUUGAGAUCAAUCCUAGACACCCUAUCAUCAAAGAGCUCCGGGAGAGAACAGUAAAGGACCCCGAGGAUGAGGGGGUGAAGCAAACGGCAAAGCUGAUGUACCAGACCGCGCUCUUCGAAAGUGGCUUCUUGCUAGAUGACCCCAAGGAUUUUGCUUCCCGUAUUUAUGGUUCAGUCAAGUCUAGCUUAAACAUCAGUCCUGAAGCUGGAGUUGAAGAGGAAGACGACGCUGAAGAAGUUGAGGCUGAAAGCGAAGUAAAAGAUGCAUCUACUCUGAAGGCUGAAUCUGAGGCCACUACCACUGAUAAUGCCGAUAUCAAGGACGAGUUAUAGAUUUUUCAAAGGAUUUUGUAUUUCCAUUUUCUUUGUUAUCUUUACGAUUUAGCUUCUCGAGGAAAAAACUCUCGAAGCUUCUGCUGGAACUUUGAUGCCUAUGAAGUCGGAGAAGGAAUGCCAUAGCUGUAGGUUACUGUGAUCAUGCUAGUAUAAUCCAUGGAAUUUUGCUCUGGUGUUUAGUCAAUUA